GCCUGCAUUAAUAUUCGUUCAGUGUAAACGGAAGUGAACAGUGACCAGGAAAAUGUCCACGUUAGCGGUUUAUUGUCGUUUAUUAUCACCAUGGAAUUCAAAAUAUGACUAAUUUAACUUCCCAGCAUUACAUAUUCAACACAUGUAGUCUUUAAUUCGCUUUAGAGAAAAUACUUGUUCGAUAUACAUUAUCUAGGUAACGCUAGCUAGCUGCUAACAAUGGCUAACUGUAUGGUUUUUCACACUCAAAUAGCCUCCAUCAUGGAGGUUCUAGCGAAUGCAGCCGUGGCCGAUAUCUGUAAAAUCGUAGACGACGACUAUGCAGUGUUUCGUUUGGAAAUAACUCAAAGCCAGAAAGAAAAUAGGGCAUUGCGGAGGAAACUACAGCUACUGGAACUGAAGACCGCACGAGAGCGCGUCCUCGUCAGUCGUCCCAGUAGUGUCAAGAUCCUCGACCGAUACAGAGGAAUCGCAAGAGGUGAAGGACAUCUCACUGGAGGCUACAGGAGCUUUGUGAAGCCAGCGGGACACAAUACAUGGAGAGAUGACCAACCAAUCACAGUUGAUGAGGGGAGUGGAACCUCAACCCAGCAUGUUAUCAUGAUAGAGUCUGCAGAGGCUGCAGGUCCUGGGGUCAAGCUGGAUAAGUCUGAAGAAGAGGAAGACCCACGACACAGAAGAGACAUUCAGACUGGAGGGGCUGGAGCGCCCCCUGUAGCCACGGAGGACCCCACCCCAGCGCAGCCCAGGACCCAACCCAGCAUCACGGAGGAGGUGGAGGGUCCAGAGGUGCUGCUGGUGAAGGAGGAGGGUCUGGGGAACCCUGAGGAGACCAUGGUCAUGGAGGACAACCAGACUACACCUCCUCCUGAACCCGCAGAGGAACCAGCUGAGCAGCACAGAGCCACACACAGUCUCACUGAGUCAGUAGACAUGAAGGAUGGGAAGCCUGAUCUGCUGCUAGUCAAAGAGGAGACAAUAGAAGACGAACCAGAGAGCAUUGACCUGCUGAGUGGACUAAAGAUGGGGGAGCAAGAUGGUUGGCUGGAGGCUAACAGAGGAGACUGGGAGGCCAUCUUAGAUUCCCAGACCGGUGCAGUCAAGCGCCCAGGGGACAAUAUCACUAAGCAGGCCAGGACCAGAGGCAACAUAGUGGAGGUCAGUGGAUGGGACAGUGUCUUCAACUCUGGGCUGGGGAACAACACUGUUAACCACAACCAGAAACAGACAGUGGAACACAAAACAACAACCGAUCUUAGACUCCAUGAAAACAGACUGGCUAUGACCAGGACGAGGCAUAGAUUUGGUCUGCAGGGACAGGGAGGUGUCUGUAUGCGGCGGGAGAGAACAGAUACAGACUCGGCUAGCGAUGCUCCGUCCUGCUCCUAUAGUUGUGAUUCAGAGAGACUGAUGGCGCCUCAGGUUAACCACCUAACAGAUGCUGCCUUCAGCCUGCCUUCUAUAGGAUCUAUGAACUGGAACAUGGACCCUGCGACAACACAGACACUUCCUGGCCUUCGUCCACAUCACACCCUCCUUAUGUUAAACCAAACCUCAGACAAUGCCAGUGCCUCAACACUAAAUGGCUACACAAGUCCAUUGACAAAUGACGCUAUCAGUAGAGCCGGUGGCAAAGAGAAGCGCUUCCCCUGUUCAUUCUGUGGGAAAGCCUUCAGUUUUCCCAAACAAGUGGAAAUCCACCAGAGGAUGCACACGGGGGAGAAACCAUUCAGCUGCCAACUGUGUGAGAAGAGGUUCUCCCAUCAGCACCACCUGAAGAGGCACCAGAGGGUCCACACAGGGGAGAAACCUUUCAGCUGCCCCCAGUGUGAGAAGAGGUUCUCCCACCAGCACCAGCUGAAGAUGCACCUGAAGGUCCACACGGGAGAAAGGCCGUUCGCCUGUAUGCAUUGCGGGAAGAGUUUCUCAGAGAGGAGCUACCUCAGGAUACACCAGCAGAAAAUGCACACGGCCCAUGUAUAGAGUAUUGUGACAUGUAAUGUAGUACUAGCUAGUUUGUUUGUAGUUAAUUCUGUUGGUUUUCAAUGAAGUAGGGAACCGGAUGAGGUUAACUGAAGAAAGAAUGAGUAUGAUGAGGCAGAGUAGAUUAUAUGGUGAAGGUUGGUGUUUGUAAAAAUGCUUCACUGAUGAAGAGUGACACAUUUUCUCCCUUUAGGUUAUACUGGUGUUUUAUAGUGAGAUCAUGAUGGUGCCUUAAUUCAUGUUUAUGUCACAUGAAGUAGGGAAGCUGUGUCUUAUGUAAUGUUGAACCUUUUCCAAUGUAUUCUAAAAAUAUAUAUUUUUAAAGCAAGGGUACCAGAUUUACAGAAAAUGUCAAGUGUUACCAUAGUGAGAAAAGUUAUUAUAUUUGUCACAUAUCGUUUUGUGCAAUAAAAGUACUGUACUUCAUGUUAUGUGAGUGUAUGACCAUUUUGUGAAAUGAAAUCCAAAAUUGACACUGUGCUGACUGACUUGGUUAAUUGUGUAUCAGUGCAGGGACUGCGUUUCCCUUAUUUCAGUCGAACCAAAACAUACUUAAUUCUUGAAUCAACACAUGGAAUCGUUUAAAAAUAAACUCCAAUGGCUCCAUAUUGUUAGGUACUUGAAUCACAGUGUUAGAGAUGGGCUUGACUCUGGUUAACAUUUUAUAAUGUCAUGUUUCUGUGUACAGCAGUUUCUUAUAUAAA